AUGCCCUUUGGAUUGUCCAACGCUCCAGGGACUUUCCAACGGCUGAUGAACGAAUUGUUUCGGGAGCACUUGUGGAAGUGCGCUCUGGUGUUCCUGGAUGACGUUCUAGUCUCCAGCCAGUCGGACGAGAGUCAUUUUGCUCACCUCCGGGCAACCUUUCAACUCUUGAGAGCAGCCAACUUGAAAUUAAAACCAUGCAGGCUGGUGCAGAGGGAGGUCACCUAUUUGAGCCUUAUUAUUGGAAGUGAAGGGAUCCAAGUCGAUCCUAAAAGAUUGCAGUGGCUCUUCAAGCAAAAUGAGCCUGAUGGAAUGUCGUUCAAGAUGCAGCAGCAGCUGCAAGAAUUUGGUUUCGAAGUUGUCCAACGAGCGGGAUCCAAGCAUGGAAACGCGGAUGGUCUCUCGAUUACGCUAGAAGAGGGACCAGAUUGGCUACCUGGCGAAAAAGAGGAAGCAUUCGGUCCCUGUCCACAGGCGGUUCCACUCAAAGAGACCAUGAAAAAGGAUGAGUCGAUAGUUCGAGUGUUCUACUGGGCCGAACUGGAUGGAAAAUCUGGCGAUAUGCCAUCACUGGGGACGAACCUCAUCCCAAAGGAGCAAGCAAUCCAAUACGGACCCGAGGUGCUGGCGUAUUGGUCGAGAUGGAACGAGCUGACCAUUAGGGGAGGAAUACUUUUCAAGAAAUGGUUCCCAAAGGACGAUUCCCGACCUGUUCUUCAGACAGUAGUCCCCAUAGUAGGACGCAAAGGGAUCCUUAGUCAGUUAGAUUCGUCUCAGACCAGUGGGGGCGAUUUCGCGGUCAAAAAGACUCUGGCGAGGAUACGACAGUGA